GUAAUGGCAGCGUGCACCAGUGUACCACUAUAACUGGAACCACGACACUUUGAUCUGGUAAUUUUGCUCGCUGCUCGUAUGUACCUACACACUAAAAUAACCCAGUUUCCUUAUUCCAUAAUCCUUGUAAGGUGCGUAAAGACGAUGCUGCCUCUGGCGUUUUAUAUCGUGGGAAUCUGUUUCGUCGUUACGAUGCUCUGGAAAAACGUUCGGAGAAGAUACCGUCUUCCACCUGGUCCGCGAUUCGAGUUGCCAAUAGUUGGUAGUUCUAUGUAUCUCGGCAGUCAGCCACAAGUGACAUUGACCAUCAUGUCGCAACAAUAUGGAUCCAUUUUUCGACUGCAUCUGGGGCGCGAUUUGGUUGUUGUAUUAAACGAUUAUGAAAGCAUCAGGAAACUCUUAAGCCUGGAAGAAACCACGGGACGCCCCAGGAAUACAAAGCUGGAUUCGAUGUUAGGAGGAAAUGCCGGUUUGGCGUUCAGCGAUGGUGAUCUUUGGAAAGAGCAUCGCCGUUUUGCGUUAUCGGCUUUGCGGGAUCUAGGCAUGGGCAAAUCGUGGCUGCAGGAACAAAUCCUGGACGAAACCGAUCAAUUAAUUAAGGCUCUAGCUGCCACCAACGAAAAGCCGAUUAAUCCGCAUCAUCUAGUUAUUACAACCAUCUCCAACUUGAUCUGUGCUACUGCCUUUGGAAAACGUUAUAAUUACGAUGAUGAAGAUUUUCGCGCGUUAUUGCGGAAUGAACAUCAAUGUGAAGAGCAGCUCAGUGAAAUGAGCGCGCUAGAUGUGUUCCCUAUUCUGCGAUUCGUGCCACCCUUCCGAAAAGUGUACCAACGACGAAUGAACGUCGUACAAAUUAGACGCGAACAUAUGCAACGCGUUAUAGAUGACACAAGAAGCUCUGACAACAAAGACGGACAGCGGUUGGAUUAUGUGAAUUUGUAUCUUGAAGAAAGGAAGCGUCAACAGGGCGAAGGCGCUGAUACCACCUUCACCGACGAACAGCUUUUACGCUGUGUCUCUGAUCUUUUCGGCGCCGGUACCAUGACUACCACCAGUUCCAUCUUGUUUGGGUUACUCCUCAUGGUAGAAAAUCCCGAAGUGGUGCGCACAGUUCACGCAGAAUUGGACACAAUCGCCGAGCGAAACGAGCAGAUUCUUGUCAAGCAUAAAGGCCAUUUGCCUUAUACCGAAGCCGUAAUUACGGAAAUCCAAAGACUUAUUCCGGUUGUCCCGUUGAGUGUUCCCCACCGGAUAACAGCACCCAUCGCUUUCAAUGAAUACAUCUUUCCGGCCGACACCUUGAUCAUCCCUAACAUUUACGCUGCCCAUCAUGAUCCGAAAUUGUGGGAAGAACCGGAAGUUUUCGAUCCCUCCCGUUUUGUGGAUAGCGACGGGAAGUUUGCAAAAUCUCCUUAUGUUAUCCAUUUCUCUUUGGGAAAACGGGCGUGCCCAGCGGAAGCGAUGGGCCAAGCGGAACUAUUUUUAGUGCUGACUAACAUAUUGCAUAAAUUUGAUCUGCUUGUUCCUGAUGGUGUGCAUAUUUCCUCGCAGAAUGUCGCGGUUAAUAUAACAACUGUACCAAAACCAUUCCAGUUGAUUUUUAAGCGGCGCUUUUGAACUGGUAAAACAAGAAUCACACAUUUA